ACUGAAAUUUUCUGAAAAACACGUAGCCUACUCCGUGAGUGAACAGAAGAAGUUUCAGUUACUUCCUUGAUCGAUUGUGGUACAUUAUUUGAAGUAUUUUAAAGUUGUUGUAUCUUGUAAGAACCACCAUGAGCUUUGUGGAUGCAAAAAACAUUGAGCCAACUACGUUUGAAGAUUGUUACUACGACGAAUAUGAGUAUUACAACCUGACAGACAAAUACACAGGUGGAGCUGCGCGCAAGGGGAGGACGAAGAAAGAAGCCAGUGACAAUACCAAUAGACACAACCCCGGAGGACACGAGCGCAAGAUCACAGAGAAGCUGCAGAACGCAGAAAAGAAUGCAAAAGAGUGAGGCUGUGGAGGGCAAACUGGAUGGCUAAUACUGGCAAUCGACCAUGGCCGCGUUGGCGACAAAGCGAGAUGAGCAGACAGCAGUAAUGUGAACUCCAGUUAGCAGAGAAACAUGCUGUUACUGUUUUGAUGACCAGCUUCUGCAUAGGGAUCUGUAGACCCCAUCAAGAGAAGCAAAUGGUAUAUUGUCUUGUGGUCUCCAUGCACCUGUGAUGUUGACCGUCGCCUAAGACUUUGAUGUAAACCACCUGUUUGUGGUCUUCUAGACCUACUCAAACAGUGGGCUGUAAUAAUGGUGUUGGCAAUGGUGUAAGUGUUUUAUUUUAAAUUGACAAUAACUGUCAUUUAAUUUUUAAAUUGAACAUAUUUUUCUAAAUCCACAAUCUAUAAUAAACAUGUUUGAAA